AUGUUUGCAAGCGACAGUGGUGAUAUAAGGGGAUCUAACCGGAACAGUAACAUAGAGCUAACUGGUCCGAUUUCAGAAUUCAAUUUUAAAGAUGAUGAUUUUGGUGUUUGGAUAGAAAGAUUCGAAUUAUUUGUAUUAUUUAAUGAGAUUAACGCACAUAAGAAAAAAUUGAUGUAUCUUACAUUUUUGAGUAAUGACGGCUAG